AUGGCCCAGGUCUUGCCCACCAAGGCCUUGUGCGGCGUCACCGUCCCCGACACCCCCCUCAUCGACGCCGCCCUCCACUUCGCCCGCCAAGUCUCCACCGAUUCCACCUACAAUCACAUCGUCCGCAGCUUCCUGCUCGGCUUCAUCAUCGCGGACAAGCUGCCUCACACCAAGCACCGCGACCGCGAGGUCCACGCCGUAGCCGCGAUCCUGCACGAUACCGGCUUCCCCCUCGGCCAUCCGCCGCACAGCCAAGUCAUCAGCGAUGACAAGCGAUUCGAGGUCGACGGGGCCAACGCGGCGCGAGACUUCCUGAAGAACGAGGGCAAGCCGGAAGAAUGGGACAAACACCGCCUUCAGCUGGUCUGGGACGCCAUCGCCCUCCACACCAUAGGCAGCGUGGUCUUCCACAAAGAGCCCGAGGUCCAGGCCUGCUCCUACGGCAUCUGGGCGGAUUUCCAAGGCCCGGAUCGCGUCCCGGGCGGCGUCUUGACCUGGGAUGAGUACAAUGCCACAGUCAGAGUGCGUUUCCCGCAUGACUUAUGCACAUGCCCUGAGAGAGACCCUUUCUGCCGUCUCCCGCCCUUUACUGUACUGACCCAUUGCCUGCCUGCCUAGGAGUAUCCUCGUCUGGGCUUGAUGAGGGAAUUGAAAGACAACAUGCUUCACCUCUGCAAGACCAAGCCCGGAACCACGUAUGAUAAUACGGUCGGCGAGUGGGGAGACCGCUACCUGCCGGCGGACGAGUAUAAUCGAACCCCCAACUUGACCCAGAACCUUCUCGAGACCUGUGAUCUCGACGAUAUCGAUCCAAAUUGA